AUGGGAGUUAUCUUGACUACACUUCGAUGGGCAGGCAUUGCUUUGCUUACUACUAUUAUCUACACAUUAAGCAAGCGCAAACAGACAUUGGAUUCCAUGAUUGUUGCACCGCAUGAUGUCUACACUCCUGAUUUCUAUCCUGGUGGUCAUGAUGUGGAAUUGCCUGUAGCCAGAAUGCAUUAUUGGUUGUUUGGUAAUCCACAAGGUAAGAAGGUCGUCUUGGUCCACGGUAUCUCGACUGGUUCCGUUGUGUGGGAUAGAUUGGCUAGAUUCUUGGCUGACAAAGGCCACUAUGUAUUGGUCUAUGAUACCUGGGGAAGAGGCUAUACUCAGGCACCCAAUGCUACCUAUGACGAAGCUUUGUAUACCUCUCAAUUAGCUAUGCUCCUGCAAAAGGUAGGCUGGACUAAGUGUGAUGUGGUCGGUGUCUCCCUUGGUGGUGCUACAGCUGUGUCAUUCGCCAACUACUAUCCUGAAAUGGUCGAUAAAGCAGUGCUCAUUGCUCCUGCUGGUAUCAUGAACAGUAAGACUGACAUGCCGUUGAUCUCCAGAAUCAUCAGAUUGCCCUUUGUAUACCAACUCAUCAUCAAUCAACCUGUUUUCCGUGAUUUUCUGCUGAAAAAUGUCCAAGAAUUCGCUAAUUCUACCAAAUCCAAGCUGACCAACUAUCCUCAAGAGACCUUGGAUCAAGGCAAGAAAAUCAGCACUGUGGCCACCUAUCAAUUCGCUCACCAUCCUGGCUUCAUCCGUGCAUUUGCUGGUACCGUUGUAGCAUAUCCAUUGACUGGUUUGCAUGGUAAAUUCAAGAAAUUGGGUCAGCAAGACAGGGAUGUCUUGGUUGUGUGGGGUGAUCGUGAUACAACUUGCCCUUAUUACCCUGAACUAGUCAAGCAGCUUCUCCCCAAGGCCCAGCUUGCCAUUUACCCUGAACAAGCUCAUAAUGUUUUGUCCACUCGAUGGGAAUCCGUUCAUGACACUAUUGAAAAGUUCCUUACUUUAUAA